GGCAGCAGCAGCAGCAGGGGACAGUGGGGAGGGAAGAGGCCCGAGGCUUACAGCGAGGACGACCUGACUGAGGGAGCCACCUGUUAGCCCCGCCAUGGACAGCAGGGUGUGGACUGCCUACAUCCUCUGCUUGCUGAGUCCAUUACCAAUUGUAUUGGGCCACGUGCACCCAGAGUGUGACUUCAUCACCCAGUUGAGAAAGGAUGAGAGGUUGUGUCUACAAGCAGCAGAAGGGGUGCCCAACACCACUCUGGGCUGCCCUAGGACCUGGGAUGGACUGCUGUGCUGGCCAAUGGUAGGCUCUGGCGAGUGGGUGACUCUCCCCUGCCCAGAUUUCUUCUCUCACUUCAGCUCAGAGCCAGGGGCUGUGAAGCGGGAUUGCACUAUCACUGGCUGGUCUGAGCCCUUCCCACCUUACCCUGUGGCCUGCCCUGUGCCCCUAGAGCUGCUGACUGAGGAGAAAUCCUACUUCUCCGCAGUGAAGAUCAUCUAUACCCUGGGCCAUAGCAUCUCAGCCGUGACCCUCUUCGUGGCCAUCGCCAUCCUGCUGGCUCUCAGGAGGCUCCACUGUCCCCGGAACUACAUUCACACCCAGCUGUUUGCUACUUUUAUCCUCAAGGCGGGAGCCGUGUUCCUGAAGGACGCCACCGUGUUCCACAGCGAGAACACGGAUCACUGCAGCUUCUCCACUGUUCUGUGCAAGGUCUCCGUGGCCACCGCCCAUUUUGCCACCAUGACCAACUUCAGCUGGCUGUUGGUGGAAGCUGUGUACCUGACCUGCCUCCUAGCCUCCAAGUCGCCCGGCACAAGGAAGGCCUUCUGGUGGCUGGUUCUUGCUGGCUGGGGGCUCCCCCUGCUCUUCACUGGCAUGUGGGUGUGUUGCAAGGUGGCCUUUGAGGAUGUUGCGUGA